GGGAGCUCAAUAAAGUUAUUACGUUUUGAACCAACAUGGCGGCAUACGCGUCGCGGUGGACAACGCGAUGUGUUUUAAGAUUAAUAUUAAAAAAGACAAGUUUGUCGAAAGGAUUUUGGUGUGAGGUGUUGAAGACUGAUAGAGGGUGUUCAACAUUAUCUGCCAGACAAACCUCUACAUCAGCACCUUGGGCUGCCCGUGUCGGACUCGUCAGCCACUAUGACAGCCUUGUCCGCUCCGGUUCGCUGCGAGAGGACACUCAGCAGAGAGCUGCACUUCUUCAACUAGAACAGUUAAACAGAGUGAUGACAGACUAUACCAACAUCCCUAUCCCUCGACCUAAAGACUGUUCACAGAGUCAACCCACCUCAGAGCUGGAGAAUAAAGUAACAUCGAGGGAAAGUAGAAUAAAACGUUGCAGUCCUGAAGAAAAUAUGUCAAAUGAAAAAGAAGACAGAGAUGUAAAUGACACACAGGAGGAGUCCCCAAAGCCACAUCCCCCCCACGGUUACUAUAUUCAUGGUGAUGUUGGAACUGGAAAAACCAUGCUGAUGAACCUUUUUUACUCAUCUGUGGAAAACAGAAGAAAAAUGAGGGUUCAUUUCAAUGGAUUCAUGUUAGAUGUACAUAGAAGGAUCCACAAACUGAAACUGAGCCUGCCAAAGCGACGGAUAGGUAAAAUGACAAUGUAUGACCCCAUCUUUCCGGUUGCCAUGGAGAUCGCAGAGGAAACCUGUCUCAUAUGCUUUGAUGAGUUUCAGGUGGUGGAUAUAGCGGAUGCUAUGAUUCUGAAACAGUUAUUUGAGGGCUUGUUUAAGUGUGGAGUCGUAGUUGUGGCAACCUCAAACCGACCACCUGAAGAACUGUACAAAAAUGGGCUUCAGAGGGCUGCUUUUGUGCCUUUCAUUGGUGUACUCAAGGAGCACUGUCAUUCUAUCUGCCUUGACACUGGAAUAGAUUACCGGAAAAGGGAAAUGGAAUCAUCGGAAAGACUAUACUACGUAUCAAGUGAGCCUGAUGCAGAGAAUGCUGUCAAUACUCUGUUUGAGGAACUGGCGUACAGACAAAAUGAUGUAACCAGACCAAGGGUGUUGAAAGUGCAGGGAAGAGAAGUAACCUUGAGCCGGACCUGUGGAACCAUUGCGGACUGCACCUUUCAAGAGCUGUGUGAGCGACCAUUGGGUGCUGGUGAUUAUUUAGAAAUCGCACGGAAUUUUGACACGGUCAUCAUACGGAAUGUUCCUCACCUUCAGCUUGGAAUGAAGGACCAAGCUAGACGCCUCACCACACUCAUUGACAACUUUUACGACCAAAAGGUUAGAGUGGUGAUGCUGGCUGAUGCACCGUUAGACCGUCUCCUUGAUCAGGGACCGAUGACUGGAGAUGAAGCGAGAGAUCGCCUAAUGCUGGAUGAACUCGGACUGACUGAUGAGGCCAGUGAGCGGUUGACUCUGUUCACAGCGGAUGAAGAGGUCUUUGCCUUCAAGAGGACAGUGUCUCGCCUCACAGAGAUGCAGACAGAACAGUACUGGAUUAGUGGGGAUCGGAGUCGAACAUGAACUGGAACACCCUUGCAGUUACCAACUACCCCUUCGAAGAGUCCACAUUAAAACAUUUGGGAUGGUACAUUUCCAUCACCAUGAACAGACUGUAAGCCUGUUUUACAGGCAAUUGGAGUCAUCCAUAUGCUCACAGCACCAUUAAUAUGCAAAACUAAAUCUCAUUGACAGCAGUAGAAUGCACAUGCUGCUAAAUGAGAAGAUGUCUAGCACCCUCUAGUGGAUCAUGUAUUCUGCAGUAUUUAGAAAAUUAUGUAUUUUGGAAUACAAAGUCUAUGAGGGAGAAAAGAAUGUAAUGCCUACACAUAUAUAUAUAUAUAUAUAUAUAUAUAUAUAUAUAUAUAUAUAUAUAUAUACAGUACACAGUUAUGCCCAUUUCUGCCACAUAAGAAAUAAAUACUCAAAAUUUACAUUAGUAAUAAUUAUGACAAAAUUGAAAUUGAGAUAGCCAUUUAUAAAAAAAAAAAAAAAAGUCAUUUUGUUGUUGUUGUCAUAAUUAUGACUUGGUAUCUCACAAUUCUGACUUUUAAAGAAUUAUGAGAUAAAGUUGAAAUUAUGAGAAGUUAUGACAUCAGUCAGUUUUUGUCACAAUUAUGACUUGGUAUUUUUACCAAAGCAUGAUAUUUUUCUAAUGUGGCAGAAGUGAGCUUCCAUACAUAAAUUAUUAAAAUGGUUACAGUAAAACUUCAAA